AUGGCCGACCCGAACUCCCAGCGGCUCGCCGCCGCUACGACGGAUGUUCCCGCAACCCAGCAUCAAGCCGCGGUGACCGCGCCGCAGUCACACGGAGGCGCUCUCGGUUUUUUUGCGGUGGCGGCGCCGAAGCAGGGCGCGACCAUGGUUGCGCCGUCGUCCCCGCAGGGCGUUCCCGGGUUCGCGGUGGUGCCUCAGGGGGCCGAAAACGUGGCGGCUCCCGCGUCCCCGCAAGGCCCUCCCGGGUUUUGGGUGGCGCCUCAGCAGCCUGGGCCCGCGCCACAGCAAGGUGCUCCGGUUAUGGCGCCGCCGCAGGGCGCAACCAUGAUGGCUCCGCAACAGCAGCAUUUCGCGCCUGCGAUGGUGCCGACCUCCCAGCAACUUAUACAGAUGCUCCUUCAAGCUGCGCCCAUGGGCUUGAUGAUGGCCUCGAUGCCCCAGCAACAGCAAGCCCAAGCCCAGCCCAUGGUUGCUCACCAACCCGCUCAAGGUAUGGCGCCAUCGCAAUCUUUGCCCAUGUGCCAUCCGUCCAUGAUGGAGAUGCAGCAAGCUCAAGCUGGACACAUGACGGCACCACCACCUCUGCCACUCGGCCCUCUGCCAUUGAUGAUGCAGCAGCAGCAACAGCAGCCUUCACAAGCUGAUACAGUGAUAAUGGCACAACCGCCUCUGCCUCUCGGCCCUCCACCAGUGAUGCUUCAGCAACAGCCUCCACAAGGGGCCACGACGAUGAUGGCACAGCCACCUCUGCCAUUCAGCCCUCCAUCAGUGAUGCUGCAGCACAAUCCACAGGGCAACCAGGUGAUGAUGGCACAGCCGCAAUUCGCUGCUCUACCAUGCAAGCGCCAGCGUCUUGACCAAUAUGGUUUGUGA